UCGCUAGCUGCCUGAAAAAAGCCAAUUUUCUCCCUACAGAUUCGAGUUUAGCUACAGUCUAAGAACAUAUUCGGAAUCAGCAAAAUUUGGGCUAUCUACUACUAUCAAAAUAUUUUCCCUUAUGUAUCCAAGUCAAAAAACAUUUUUAUGUUUUUCCAAAAUGUGUACACAGUACAAAGAGUUUCCCCAGCUCGUAGAACCUUCAUCUUUUGCCGAAAGGGGGUUUAUGACCACCUUUAUCUAUGGUAUUAGCGCAAAGUAGCGCAACUUUAACUGCAUUCCUGGGGACAUUUUCCAAUAGCCCUCGGGUUUUUGAGGUAAAACUAACUUUUCUCCUUUAAAAAAACACUUUUUUCUGCAUAAGCUGUACACAUUCGGAAUCAGCGUGAAAAACGGCAUCGAAUGAUGUAUAGUUUGUUAGUUUUAUAAAUAAAACAUUUUUUGACAAAAAUUCAGGGCAAGGGUUUCUCUAAGGAACUUUUUGUCGAAAAAGCUUUUUUUUCGAAUUCGACCUUUUUUACUUCUACUAAUAUCUGAUACAUAGUAAGAUGAUAUUAUGCUAAAAUAAUCAUUUUCUAACUCAAAAAAUCAGAUAUUCGGCUGCUCUAUGGAAAAAUGCCCACUGUUUUCUCUCAAGAGAGCAAAGUUCUUAUAUACAAAACACCCACAGAGACAGGCGAAAAGUUGUAUUUUAAAAUAUGAAGCACUUCGCCCUCUAUAAAACAGAGACAUAGUUAUUAGUAGAAUAAUUUAAAAAAAAAUGAUCGGUACUUCGGUGGUCGCUAUCUGCCUAAUUUUUGGCCACUUGUAUUUGUUCACAUUGACGUAAACUAUACCGUUAGCUUGGUCUCCCACCGCAACUACACAACUUCUCCAACCAACUACAUACACACUCUGCUCUUGUCAUUUUAUAGAUUCUAAUUCCAUCAACAACAAUGUAACCGCUACGAACUUAUCAGAUGGCUAUCAUUGUAAAUAUCCAGAUGGUCCAUUUUAUAUAUUAAUUUCAUCACUUGUCAGCUUUUAUAUACCAUUAACUCUAAUGUUAUAUGUCUAUAUACGUAUUUAUAUAAUUGUACGUAGACAAUUACGUUCAGUAUAUACGGGAUUUAUUGUACCAAAAACACAUUCAUUGACACAUUCUUAUAUACCAAAAUUUCAUCUCACUACGAAACCGUUACAACGGAUUGUAGAGAUUACCACCACCAGCAUUAGUAGUACUGCUGCAGGACCACCACUGAUACUAACCACUGCAAAGGAACAUCAUACACGUCAAGAUUUAAUGUUAAGAGUGCACUGUGGCGGUUAUCAAAAUACAACAACUGAAAGGAAACCUCAAAGUCAGGCUACUCCUAAAAAUAGAGUAUCAUCAUUCUUCGGUUAUUUUAUAAGAUAUAAAGCAGCAACUUUUUUAAGUUUACUUAUUAUUGUAUUUCUAUUAUGUUGGCUACCAUUUUUUAUCUAUUUUAUAUCUAGCGGAGUAUUUUUUACAACACAAUUAACAAAAUCACCAUAUAAACAAAGACAUCUGUUAUUGAAUAAAAUUUUUCUAUGGCUAGCUUAUACACAUUCAGCAAUAGAUUUUUUUUUAUAUCCAUUAACAAGUAAUGAAUUGAGAACAGCAUUUAUUAAAUUAUUAUUUACAAGAAAAAGAAGACUAAAAAUAAGAAAAUAA